CACACACACACACACUCUCUUUCCUAUUCUUUCUCAGACUGCGAAUGAGUUUGCCACCGCGCGUGCGACCUUCGUCCGACCUCGCCGACCGCUCCUUUGCGACGCUGACCCUGCGCGAGCGGCUUCCCGUCAUUCUCACCCGUAUCAUCAGCAUGCUCUCUGCGCGCGGUGCUCCAGCCAACGAGGCGAGCAAGGCACUGUUGGCCGAAAUGGUCGCGCUCAAGUACGAUUUGUGGCACAACAAGCCAAUGCUGCCAGUCGCAGACGAUCUGCACGACGCCGCCAAGUGGAGGGCGUACUUUGCUGCUGCUCUGGAAGCCGAAGCGCAAAAUGGCGGCGCGUCGGCGGAGAGCAAGUCUGCUGCAUGCUGGUCGUCGCUCGACAUGUUGUAUUCGGAGGGAUACUUGUACCGCCGCAUCCGCUCGUCCUGCCUCGUUACGGAGGGUUUGUUGGCGCUGACACCAUUGCCAAACCCAGAGCCAACAACCACGUCUGCCAGUCACGGUGAUGACGGCAAGCCACUUGCGCUGCCGCUCAACCUCGACGACGUGUUUGAGAGCGACAAGCGUACUGCGUUUGCUGCAGCCCAAUCCAGCAUCCUGGCCUUGUCUAGUCUGCUGACGAGCUCUCUCGAGGAUUUGCAGCAGCCAGUCAGAAGAGCAGAGCUCCUGACGCAGCAGUUUAUGCAAAUGCUCGAGUUUUCGCUCUGGGGCAACAAGACAGAUCUCUCCCUGCAUCCGAGUGCGACCAACAAGGAGGAGCUGCUCAAAGAGUUGCAGUCGAGCGAGCUGUCGCAGCUCAACGCCCUUCGACCGGCGAUUCUGGCCAACGCCGCGUCCGAGAUCUGGGCACACAUCCAGCUCCUCGACCAGCAACUGGCGCCCGAGUCCUGCGUGCGGUUUGACUUUGUGCUCGAUAAUGCUGGAUACGAGCUCUUCACCGACCUGAUUCUGGCCGAGUGGCUCACCAGCGCGCCACUCUUUGCGAGCGGCCGCAAGGUUGACGUCUACUUUCACGUCAAAGAUUACGGCUGGUAUGUCAGCGACGUUACCAAGCGCGACUUUCACUGGAUGGUCAACCAGCUUGCUUGCUCCACCGAGCCCGUCGUGCAUGCUCUAGGUCGGCGCUGGCGCGACGUGCGACUUGGCGACGCUACAGCCGCUGGACAAGGCAAAUGGCACAUUGUCGAGCACGAGUACUGGACGCUUCCAGGAGACUACCAUGAGCUGCCCACGCUUGCCAGCGACCUCUACGCCACGCUGCAGCAGUCCAAUCUCCUCAUCUUCAAGGGCGAUCUCAACUACCGCCGCUUGAUUGGCGAUCGUCUCUGGAUUCCCACGACGCCAUUCAGCACCGCGCUGCACACCUUCCAUCCAGCCCCUCUCUGCACCCUCCGCACUCUGAAGGCAGAGGUUGUUGCAGGCCUUGCUCCCGGUGUUGCCAAGCGCACGGCCGAGCAGGACGCCGCCUGGUUGAGCAACGGCCGUUGGGCGUUGAUUUCGUUUGACAAGUAGCCGCGUUUUUUCUUGUUCCACUUGUUUCGUUUGUGCUUUCUGUUCCUGUUCUAGUGUAGUUUGCCGCACUGCAUACAAUUGUACCAAUACUCGUUCUUCCAACAAGCA